CUACUUGGUGUUUGGGGAGGGGGUGCAUUCUCUUCUUCUUAACAUGCUGCAUUUGAAAACCGCAGGCAGUCGUUGAUUCGCCCAAUAUCACGGUGUCCUGUCGGUAAACGGGUUAAGAUUUUACAUCCAACCCACUACUUUCCUUUCUCCUCCUCCUCUCCUCUCCUCUCGCCAUGCCGGAUCCAUCCGUCUGUCUCGCCCACAGUUGCAGCGCAUUUGUGUCCCGGGAUGACCUGUUGAUGUCGGCUAAAGAUGGAGUGCCAGUAUCACCCAGAGCCAUCCGCUAUAACGUUAGACCUCCCUCUUCUCUCCGGUAAAAAAAAAAAAAACGUUAUCACGUAAAUAUUCACAUUGGAGUUAAUCCAAGUGGACGUAACGUUAGCCUGUGUUGCUUCUUGAGUCCCCUCUUUUUUUUUUUUUUUUUUUUGGUGGAGAUUUAAUAAAUAAUUUAUUCGCUUUGACAUAUCAUAAGCGACAUUUUGGAGGGGAACAACGCGUGUCUGUCCCGUAUCGGUAGCUGCCAUUCGGCCGGAGGAGGAGGAGGGAACUCGGUCUAAACGGACAUCACACCGCGCUGGCACGGAAAGAGGGGAGACGCGGAGAGCGCUGAACUGCUGAAUAUUUUAUCCCCUCGACUAUUUUUGUGGCAGAUUUCGUACCCCCGGUUCCUCGGACAAUAAACGUGUGUGGUUUUUUUGGGGGGAGGGGGGGGAGGGAAGUUGAAACCGGGGUUGGCAUACAAAAUAAAGAAGAGGAGCUCUUUUUGUCCCUUUUCUCUGCCGCCCGCUCCCUCCCUCCGGUGAACGCACGCACACACCGGCCCGGGCCAGCCGAGGACUCCCAAAUCCUACCGGGCAUCGAGGCUGGCACACGGCGGGACACCGAGAGCUCUCUGCCCGUUCUGGUUGCCCCGCUAGUGGCGAGCUCUGUCUCUCGAGGCGUCUACCGGCGAGACAUCGGCUCUGCUAGACUUCCAUACCCUGUGGUGCUGGGCAGAGCGUUAUGGCUCAGACGCUGCAGAUGGCGAUCCCUAACUUUGGCAACAACAUCCUGGAGUGUCUGAAUGAACAGCGGCUGCAGGGCCUCUACUGUGAUGUCUCUGUGGUCGUCAAGGGACACGCCUUCAAGGCCCACCGUGCGGUGCUGGCAGCCAGCAGCUCCUACUUCCGGGAUCUGUUCAACGCCGGGGGGAAGAGCUCUGUGGUGGAGCUGCCCCCGGCCGUGCAGCCACAGAGCUUCCAGCAGAUCCUGGCCUUCUGCUACACGGGACGCCUCAGCAUGAACGUUGGAGACCAGUUCCUGCUCAUGUACACCGCCGGCUUUCUCCAGAUCCAACAGAUCAUGGAGAAAGGCACAGAGUUUUUCCUCAAGGUUUCAUCUCCAAGCUGUGACUCCCAGGGUCUCCACACUGAGGAGACCCCGCCCUCCGAGCCUCAGAGCCCCGUCACUCAAACAGUGGGAGGUGGCGGAGUCGGAGUCGUUGCCACAGCCGCAGGAAGGCCCACCUCUUGUCUGACGCCCCUCCCCCUCGUGUCCAAGGUGAAGACAGAACAGACGGCCUCCACACCUCAGCCCACCCCACAGCCGCAGCAGCAGGAGGGCUCUCCCUACUCGGUGGUCUGCACCCCCGUGGCUAAGCGGCUGUGGGAGGGGGGCAACCGUGACGGGGGAGGGGGUUCUGGAGGGGGCGGGGGAGGUGGAAUGAGGAAGGCCGCACGUUACUCUUCGUCUUCGUCUUCUUCCUCCUCCUCCAACAACGCUACCCAGGAUGCCUCUGGGCGCGGACCAGCAGCCAAUGCUGCUAUGGUGGGCGGCGGCGUCACUUCAGUGGGAGGAGCCGGACUCAACAGUAACCAUAACAACAAUAACAACAAUGGCGGGACCCCUGAAGGCACUAGCCCGGGCACACUGAGCAUGUACACCAGCGACUCGCCAAUCAGUUACCACGACGAUGAGGAAGAGGACGACAUAGCGGAUGACAGCGCCGAAGAGCAGUACAGACAGAUCUGCAACAUGUACACCAUGUACAGCAUGCUGAACGCUGGAGCAGCAGUGGUUGGGGAGCGAGUGGAGGCUCUUCCGGAUGUGGCCCCAGACUCAGGCGGCGGGCGGGGGGGCAGGGGGGGACGGUCCCGGCAGGACCUUGCGUCGCUACCCGCUGAGCUCAUCAGCCAGAUCGGGAACCGCUGCCACCCGAAGCUGUACGAGGAGGGCGACCCGGCCGAGAAGCUGGAGCUGGUGAGCGGCACCUCCGUGUUCAUCUCCCGUGCCCAACUCAUGAACUGCCACGUCAGCGCCGGCACCCGCCACAAAGUGCUGCUCAGACGCCUGCUGGCCGCAUUCUUUGACAGGAGCACUCUGGCUAACAGCUGUGGAACUGGCAUCCGCUCUUCAACCAACGACCCCAGUCGUAAACCCCUGGACAACAGAGUGCUGCACGCUGUCAAAUUUUACUGCCAGAACUUUGCGCCGAGCUUCAAGGAGAGCGAGAUGAACGCCAUCGCGGCCGACAUGUGCACCAACGCCCGCCGCGUUGUCCGCAAGAGCUGGAUACCCAAGCUUAAACUGCUGAUGGCUGACAGCGACGCCUACUCUGCUUUUCUGGCCGAUAGCGUGAAGAUGGAGGCCGAUGCACUGGGGGCAGAACAAGGCUUUGACCCCGCCUCCUUGGAAGCCGUGGCGGCGGCAGCGGCCGCCAACAAUAACGAAGUGGGAGGUGGAGCCACGCCAGCAGACACCCUCCAUGGGGCGGGAGGAGACGGCAGCACUUUGUUUUGAGUGAGUGACGAACAGAUAGAUGAAUGGACAGAUGGACAUAUCAAUGGAGGGAGGGAUGGCAUUUCUCUGAGGCGAUGAGUAGAGAACGGUGGCUGCUGUGGUCGUGAUGACAGUUGUCACUCGUCUCCUAGCCACCAUGUGUUAAGGGAUCUGUUUCUUCUUUUUCACCUCUUUUGAUCAGUUUGUUCUGCUUUCCUUCCUUCGUUUGUCCACAUUUGUCUCUCUCUCAACGGCCCAGAAUGCCUCUGUUUGGAUUGUUCUUCCUUGCUUUUCUGGUAGAGAGAGAUAGAAAGACAGAGAGAAAGGUAGCAGAGGGAGGAGGUUGACAAUUAGCCCCCCCCCCACCUCUUCAUUCCUCUGCAACCUUUCAAGACCUGAUUGUUUUAGCCUUUUAUUUUUUUUUGUUUUUAAAAGUGUGUACUGUCACUAAGGCCCUUUUCUUACCAUAAUCAAUCAGACAUUCCCUGGGAAGGGGGGAGGGGGGAGGGGUAAUCCUGUUUGGAGAAAGUGAUAUUUCCUUCCCCAAACUCCGGUAACACUGUUGUUUUGAUAUUGAAUGUAUGUGUGGCGAAGCAUCCGGACCGCAGCGUUAAGUCAGUGGAGGUUGAGUGAGUUUGUUCAGAGCCCUUUUUUUUUGUUGUUGUUUUUUUGUUUUGCUGUUUUUCAUCUGGACAGCCAGAUGAAAGCUUCUCUGACAGCGUGGGGUUGAUGAGGUCAGGGGUUGAAAUGAAUAUUAAUAUGUAUAUUGGCAUGGUUUAUGAUCUCCCCGACCUCCGCCCGACCUCACCAACCCUGCUCUUUAACCCAUGCCGGGGUUGCUGGGAAACUGACCUGCCAGCCCUUAGAGAAAUGCUGGUGAGUUCUGACUGACAGUCUGGUGGCAGACGGGAAAAACUAAGAUUUGCUUCACUAAACACCCCCACCACACACACACACACACACACACACACACACACACACACACACACACACACACACACUUUUUGACCCUAAAAUGUAAAAAAACCAUUUCAGUUUUACUUUUUUGUAUUUAAAUUCUUAAUUUUUCCUUUUUGUGUGUGAUUUUUGCCAAGCCUCCUGAGGGAAAGGAAACUUGUUACAGAUGAUUGUCAAAGAGUUUGCGCGUGAUAAAUGCACUGUUAUUUCCUGCGGUAUGAGUACAAUCAAACUACGUUUUUGUAUGUAUCAGAAAGAGAAGGGAGGUGGUUUUAUUUUAAAAAAAAAAUGCAAAAGAGAAAAAUACAAGCUGAAAUCCAAUUUAUAUAUCUGUUUAUCACCUUUUUUUUUUUUUUUUUUUUAAAUCUGAAAGAAAGUUAAGAAUUAUCCAAAAGCCUGUUUCUGCUUGUGAGCUUAGGAACGAGUUGCGGGUGUGUGUGUGUGUGUGUGAGGAUAUAGCGGUGAUGUUCUUUUGUUUUCAGCUCAUGCUUAAAUUGUUUUCCCUAAGAAUAUUCGCAGCUAUGUAAGUGUCAGCACAGCACAGUUUCCUCAGGCUCUGCUGCUUGGAUGCGUGCUCGCCUGGCAUGGACAAAGGUGCUAAUUCAGGCAUUGGUACAUUGCAAGGAAUACAGCUCCGUGUGUGUUUGAACGACCACACUGUUUGUGUGUGUGUGCUGCAGCAGAGAGAGCGGGAUGCCAGACGGUGUGUUUUCACACGCUUGGUUGAUUCAUUCACCCAUCGCUGCGGUGAGCACACAUACAUGCUAAUACGCAUUUGGGCGCUGUCAGCCGCAUCAGCUACAGUACACCAGAGAAACGUGGGAAUUAAAGGGGAAUUACACCAAAGCAGACCUGAGGGGCUGUUGUUCGUCACAUGUAAGCAUUCACCUUAAAUUUGUUUUGUGUUUAAUGAGGCUAUAGUAGAUCUAAUGGAAAAGGUAAACUUUCCCUGCACUGGCUGAAAGUGUUGUUUGUUGGUUUGACAGUAAAGUCCCUGGCUUUACGUGAGGUAUUUAGAACUAUAAAAAGAAAGCUGCUAAAUAAUGGAAAUCAUAAAAUGUUCACACAGAAACAACCCUGAAAGUCAUAUUGCAGUCAUAUUCACCUUUGAUACUUGCGUGGCUGAAUGGUAGCUUUCAGAAAAAAGAACAAGAAUACAGAACGAGAUCUUUUCUCUUUAGAAAAAUUGACCUCCACAAUCCACAAUACAGCUGAACACACUUAUCAGCUAAACCCUGGCAAGGGCUUUUUGCGCUUGUUCAAUUUGAGGUUGAAUACAAGGGCUCCAGGUGAACUUGUUGAUUUUAGUGCCACUGAUAUUAAUCAAUCCUAGACAAUCUAUAUAAUGUCAAUAUUUCUUAUGACAGACCUGACACAGCUGUCUGUUUGGUACUGGGGAAUGAUAGGCCUAAUGAAAGUGUGAAUAAUAUGGAAGCAAAGUUAGCCAACUGUAAAUGUAUGUAUGUAUAUAUAUUCUGUUUUAAAUGUUAAACAGAUUUGAUCAAUGCACAAAUUGUGCAGCCCAGUAGUUUGUAACUUUCAGCACUGCAGGGUAAAACUAAGAAUAGUUUCUCCGUGUAUCCAACAUAAUUGUUGGCAGAUUCAAAUAAAAGUUUAAAUCCUUUUUAGGCUAAUGUCGGGGGCUGAAGAAGGCUGAGUUGUGUUGAUUACAUCCAGGCCACAAAAGGUGGUUUAUUGCCUCACACCUAAGUGCAAUAAAUCCCUGUAUUUGUGCACUUGUUCUGUUAAGGUGUUGACAAGUCAAGACUAAGAUCAGAGCAGUGCGAGUCCAACUCCAGGUGGUGACUGUUGUGAAGUAUCUAAAUUGUCACAGGCAGUUAUUAAGUGGCACUAGGUGACAUGGAAAGUUUCUCUCUGGAGCCCUGAGUGCUGAAUUUUUGCUGUAUGACAGCAUUUUGCCAAAAAUGAUUAGAUUGAAAACAGACUUUGUUCCUGUAAAGGUCUUGAUUGAUAUUUAAAGUUUGGAAAAUUGGUUUGUUUACAAGUGAGGAACCAUUUUGAAAAUUCAUAAAAAAGCAGACCCAUAUCCUGUAUUAUGAGAUUGUCACGUUAUUGUGAAGACUGACCUUCAGAUUACAGCAUUGGUAUGUAGGCCAGCAAACAAGAGUGAACACCAACCAGUGAUUCUGGUUUGGUUUGUUAUCCUGAAGUUUCUGUUUGCCUCGGUGAAUUUGGCACAACCUGUAAAAACUGGUGGUCACAUUAUAAUAAUAAGAACUUUACACAGUGUAAACUUUACUUUACAAGUGUGUUUGGAAAUGUGAUGCAUUGACUGUAGGGGGUUGCAGAGUGCCUUCAAUGUCAAAGGUGCCAUCAUGGUUAAUAAGAGAACGCGUAGAGUGUAUUUUGACAGAUUAUCCAGCUGUUACAUCCACAUUUAUAAUAUAUAAUUUCCUCUGUUUUUAUGUACAAUUUCCUGUGUGUUAAAUUUGUGGAUCUGCCAGGACUGGCGAACCAAACUUGGCACAUGUGAUUACUAUUGCUAUGAAAUUCCCAGAGCAAGUGUUUUUUUUUUUAAGCGUGAUAAUCUUUAACACACUAACACUUUAAAAUCCAAACAAGAAAGGACAUGAAAUAUUAGAUUUGUUUUAUUGUUAACUAGCAACUUCUGAGAUAACUGACAUUCUUUUUUUUUUUUAUUAAUUUUUUAGUGCAUAUUUGGCCUGUUUUGGUGUUUUUUUGUUUUGUUUUUUUUCCUUUUUAAAUUUGAAGAAACCUCAAGCACCUUAUUGCCACUACGGCAUCAGAAAUGGGCAGAGGCCGCUGUGGUGAACUGUUCAGUGUCACUGUCACAGGUUUAUAUUAAUGUUUGGACUGCCCCCACACACACACACACACACACACACACACACACACACACACACACACACACACACACACACACACACACACAGACCCUCAAGGUGAAGGGUCUGUCGUUUAAAUAGUCAGUUAAGCGAAACACAGAAAUGGCACUGCAUGUUGAAACACCCUAGAGAAGAACCAAAAACAGCCUUUGAGGCGUCAUCUAACCUGUCUUGAACUGAACCAGUUUUGUAGACCAGUGUUGUAAAAAAAAAUGUCUGCUUUUUACAGCCUGGCUUUUGAGGAAAGAUGUUUACUAUUUGUUUUUAUAUAUUUACAUGUAUAUCAAGUUUUUUUUUUUAAAUUAUGUCUUAGAAAAAGGCUAUCAGUCAAAGAACCCUUGGUCCUAAGACAAGCACCGAAAGGUCUUACAGUCAGGAGGUGAAAAGUAACUGGGGUUUUUUUUUUUUUUCAAUCCCCACCUUCUAUUCUGGAGCACAUGGUACGGUCCGUGGAGACUUAACCAAGUUCAAUAACUGAGGACAGAGGCAAGAAGAAGAGUGAGAGAUAAAGAAAGAAAUGGAAAAAGUGAAAGGGAUGGGGGGAGGGCAGGGAGGAGGGGGAGAUGGAGGAGACAGUUUGCACAUUUGUUUUAUUUUCCUUUUAAAAAAAAAAAAAAAAAAUCUUUAUUCCAAUGCUUUGUUUAAAACCACCGCCUUAAAUGAGAAAAAAAUUCUGAGAGAUACAGAGGGAAGAAGAGGACAGUCUGAACCUCCCCAGAGAGGAGGGAUGAAUGAGGAGAGGGGAGGAGGGGGGGUGUUGGCUGGGACGCUCGGAUGAUUUGGUGUGAAUGCAUGCAUGCAUACUGGUGUGUAUGUAAGUGUGUUUUUGUGUGUGGUUUGUUGUAGGGUGGGUUUGAGAGCUGUUUGUAAAGGCUUUGUGUGUGCGUGUGUGUGUGCGCGCGCGCACAUCUGUGGGUGAAAAUAAUGCGUGGGUGUGUUUUUAAUGUUUGUGUGUGUGUGCAUAUUAAUGUAUGUAUGCAGGGUUUUUUUUCUCUCCCCACUCGCUUCCCUCCAUCUCCAUUUAUGGCAUGUUAAUGUCUGCCUCCUCACUCGAAAGAGCAUUUGACAGUGGUACUCUGUGUGUGUGUGUGUGUGUGCGUUCGUGUGUGUGUGUGUAAUGCGCAUGCCUAUGCCAGCCUGGGUCUGCGUCUCGAUCUAUGUGCUGCAUACGUGUGUGUCUGGCUUCAUGUGGCAACUGCGCAUGUCUGUCACUGUGUGUGGGUGGUUUGGGUGCUCAGCUCUGCAAGGUGUGUGUGUGUGUGUGUGUGUGUGGGUGGUAUGUGCGCAGAGGUUGAGAUGAGUGGCUGUUUGUUUUUGUCUGCCUCCUCUGCCUUACACACACACACACACACACACACACACACACACACACACACACACACACACACACACACACACACACACACACAUCUGCAGAGUCACAUAUCUAUAUCCACAGCACAGAGUCUAUACAUAUGUGCCAUAUGAAAGCUGCAGAUAUAUUGCAUGGCUACAGCUCUACUGUUCCUACUGGACGAGAGUUUUAUUUUUUCUCAAAAUCAGCGAAAUGUAAAAUAGAUUUCAGACAAAGCAGAUCAUGAGCACUUCUAUCAACUCUUCUUUUCAGAUUUUUUUUUUAUUUCUUUUUUUUUAUCCUCCAGAUUCUUGCACUAAAUAUCCUGUUGCUGCCUGGUAAAUGUCCUGUACUCUUUUAUGGGACAGCAGCACAACUGUAGCCAGGACACUUUUUUCCCUCCUCAAUCUCUUUUUCUGCCCUCCCUCUCUGUCCUCGCCCCUCGCCUGUCUCUGUAUUUCUGUUUCUGUUUUCUGUUUUCUUCAUUUACAUCUUUCUGUCUCGUCUGCUCUCCACAUGUAUACAUUUCUAUCUCUCUCCCAUGCUGUCCCCCUAUGUCUCUCUCCCUCUCUCUCUAUCAUGUGUACACACACACACACACAGAGGAAAGAGCUAAAUAGUGUUGGUCCCUUGUUGCUUCAUUAUGUAAACCAUCAUUUUCCAUCCACCGCUGCUUCAUUUCUGUGUCGACUCCAUUUUCUUCAUAGAAUGCAAAUCCCUGCCAAACGCUCACCCGUAUAUCUGAAUCUGUGUGUGUGUGUGUGUGUGUGUGUGUGUGGUCUACAACAACAGCAGAUGGGGCUGCCAAAUGUGUUGCUGCAUGUGUGUGUGCAUACAUGUGAGCUAUUCGAAUGCAAAUAUGCAAAUAAAUGGGCGUAGGUACAUCUGACCAGGUACAUCAGUGGUGUUUGUUUUUCAUGUUCUUAUAUCCCAGUGGGGACUUUAACCUGGAUGCAUACUAACCCAUGGGGACUUGUGUCACCGUGAGGACAAAAAUUGAGGUCUCCAUUGGUAGAGACUGCUUUUUGAGGGUUAAGGCUUGGUUUUAGGGUGCAGGUUACAAUUAGGUUAGGGUAAGGAGCUAGGGAAAGCAUUAUGUCAAUGACUGUCCCCCAUGGGGAUAGUGAAACAAACGUGUGUGUGUGUGUGCUGCCCACCCCCCUCUCAUGGAACACUCGUGGUCCAAUUGUGUGAUUUUUGUGUUUACUGCACCUUUUGUAAUAAUCAAACGAUUGAUGAGGAAGGUCUAUCUGUCCCUUUUUAUUCCCCUGGCUGCUGUGGCCGACAAAUCAGAACGUCCACAUGAGAGACGCAGCCAAUCAUGAGGCGAAUAUCGACCAGACUGUUGAACCAAGUGACCAAGUGGGGUUAAGAAAAUAAUUAUAAUCAUCCUAGACUUGAGCAGUGAGGGGAGGAGGUGGUGCUGUUCUUCCUGAGGAGGAGAGAGAUGUUUGUUAAGAAUCUCCCAGGACAGAUGAGGCAUUGCGGCAGUCUGCCGUCACAUGAGCGAAGCCACAAUCCAGACAAAGAGACAAGAGUGAGAGGAGAGAGAGAGGAGGCUAAUGACAGGGAGGAAGGAGGAGGUGAUUGUCUCUCUCUGGCCCUGUGCCACCAAGAUAAAUACCUGGGUACUUGUUUAUUUAUGUAGCGUGGCAUUUUGUAGAGGGGUGGGGUCGUGGUGGGCUGAAUGAAUAAACGGUAGAGUUGCCCAAAUCCCUCAAAACGAUCUCAGCAAGACAAGCACCCACUUACUGGACAACGGGGGAUCCAGAUAAAGAAUAAAGCUUCCAAAACUUUAGUUAAGAUUUGUGGAGAACAAGGAAAAUGAUCUUUGAUUUUUUUUUUUUUUUUUUUUUCCACAAAGUUGAAAUUGCACUAUCUGUAAAAGAGUUUUUAUGUCCAGAAACACAUUUGGCUGAAUGUUUUCCCCCACUGUCCUUUUUUAAGCACUGCGAUGUGAUGAUGUGAAGACAUUUUUGCUGCAACUGUGGAGGUGAUUUUGGCCUCAUUGGAAGUCAAUCUGCCCAGAUGUUGUCAGUGUGUGUGUUAUGUUGAACACCAGGCAAAUCUUAAUCUGUAGUGAACAACUACAGGUCAGGAAAAACAACAGAUUUUUGAAUUAGCAGGAGCCCGACAUGAAGGGGCAGUGUGGAUAACACAUCAUAUUUAGUAGGACAGUGGUUCCCGACCUGUGCUUGUGGCCCCUUACUCAAUACAAAAUCAUGUCUAAGUGCAAUGUUCCCUUCUCAGAUUGUUUCAUUUUAAUAACUGUAAUCAAAUAUUUUGAUUAGUUGAACAACAGAAAAUUAAUUGGAUUUUAAUAAUUAAUUAAUUGCCAUUCCAAUUGUGGUUCCAAAUGUAAAUAUUUGCCUGUUUUCUUAGUCUUCUAUGAUAAAAUUGAAUAUCAUUGGGACUUUGGUCUUUUGGAUUCUGUCAUUUUAUAGACCAAACAAUUUAUCGAGAAAGUCAUGAAAAUAAGAGGCAGAGUAAUCAAUAAGGAAAACAAUCGUUAGUUGGAGCUAGCUAAAAAUAUCCAGAAUUUCAUAAGAAAAAUGCAAUUGUGUGUAAUUUUAUGUCAGAAUUUAGUUUUAUCAUCUGCCGACCCCUUACAUUCAUCUCACAAUCCACAAGCCACAGGCAGGGAACCACUGGAGUAGUAGGUGUUGAUUUUACAAACUGUCUAACCGUGGGCUUUAAUCUUCUAAUACAGGCAGGAAAUCAAGAUAGAAGUUGACCGUUUUUGUAAUUUUAAAAAGUAAUUUUUGUCAAUGUGCAAGAUUUUGAAAAGAAAAUAAUGUAGAAGUUGUGAUUAUAGAGGGUUAAGGCAGAUCCAACAUGCUUUUUGUCCAAGUUUCCGCUGUCUGACGGUGAUUGGCCGGUUCUCCCGGGGCCUCGGGUUGUCGACUGGGUGCGCAGGGGUUCGAACUGGUUUUGACAUCCAGGGUUUUGAAGAUAAAUUGUAGAGAAAUUUGGCGUACUUCAAACAAGCACAGCAAAAGGGAUGUUUUCUUUAAUAUCUGUCUGUCUGUUUUAUUUCCUCUUUGAUUUGGAGGAAAUGUUACAAGCCAGUAGCUGAGCGCUACUGAGAGGAGAAAGGAGAGAAUGAUUUUCAAAAAGAAGUUUUGAACACUCCUCUGCCCUGCAAAGAGCAAAAACUGAAACAUGAAAUGAAACUGAACAGUAAAACUUGGUCAGCCAAGCACCAUGGGCUGUAUAUCACUAUCUUUUUUUUAUGAAAUAUAAAACCUACCUUUGACCUUUUUUUAGAAGUCAUCACAGGUUGCAGCUUUUUGCCUCUUGGUAGGGCAGCUAUGUCUGAGCACAGUUUUACGACUAAAGGUUGAGCGGGGCCAGCGCAGACGUUUUUUCAAAGCGAUACGAGUUCGGUCGCGCUUUUAGAAGAGCUUUGUACACAUUUCAAAAUUUUUCUUUUUUCGUUUUUACAUUUACAUUUCAUGUUCUGUUGCUAUUGUGUUUUUGUUUUCUACAUUUGAGCUAGUGUACUGUAGUCCUUGAGAGUUAAUGUGUUUUUAAGAAAGAUGCUACUAAUAAUUCAACAUUAACACCUGUACGUAGAGUUGCCAAGUUGUGUAAAAAAUUACAAAAAGAGAAAGUGGAGACAUGGUUAGCUGUAAAAUAGUUUAGAGAAAGAGAACCACAUAUUUUUGCAUUGCGAUUGUUGUAUGACUGAGGUGCUGCGGGCGGGAGGGUUGAGGAUUGGGCUUUUAAUGCUGGACCAGAUGUUUGGUUUUUACUGUAAUGCAGCUGUUGUCUGGGUAGGAUCAGGGACUGCAGAAAGCACACGGACGGACCGACUGGUGGAUGGAUGGACUGUCGAGGCAAACAAAACACUGUUGGGCUCAGAUCAUUUUAAGGCUACAAGUCUGUUUUUAAAAAUAUCUCUUAAUGGAUAAAAUCUUACACUCCAUUGUCUUUUUAUAUAAUACAUUUCUUAGCCAAGCUUCCAUAAACUUCCAUUAGAAAUUGACCCAAAGUAAGUUUACUUGACCUGGUUCUCGAACCAGCUUUUCCACAAAGAAUAAGCUACUGCCGCUUGAAUGUUUUUUUUUUUUUUUUCUUUAGACGUCACCUGGUGGCUAAAUGCAGCUACUGCGGCUCAGAGAAGGGGGGGGCUCAGCGGCUGCAGUAACUGCCAACGCCACCAGCGGGCGAGAUCCCAAGAAGCAGUGAUCCUACACAAGCUACGAUUGUAAUGAAAGAGUCUCGAUCACUGUAUUCAUCCGAGCACCUUAACAGCAGACCGCCGGAGGCUUCUGCUGCUCAUUUUACAAAUCCGACACAAGACGCAAACCCACCAAAAUGUCCACUGAAUGUGGGCCAAGAUGCCAAAUAAAGUUGUCAGUAGAUUGAAAGUUGCUGACACGACUUCCAAAAGAAAAGAGCGCUGCAGCUGUUUUUGUGCUUUGACUCGUCCAUCCACAACUUUGUCCGUCUGUUUUUCAGUCCUGAUCUCCGUCUCAGCUGCCAAUCCACAGAAAAGAACAAAAGUGACAAGGUGAGAGUGGGGGGAAAAAAGAAAAGAGAAAGAAAAAGCACCUUUGGGCGAGCGCUUAACUGUCCUGGAGAGCCAAAGCCCUCUGCACCUUUCUGAGCACGCUCACUAUGUCACGAUGUCACUAUGUCUGUGGGUUGGAUGCUGGUGUCAGAAAUGAGACUUUUGUUGAUUUGGGGGGUGGGAAUCGAGAUGUAAUGUGAGGGUUCUUUUUGUAAGUUCCUUAUUUUUGUUGUUUUUAUCUUUUUUUUGUACUAUCAUUCCCUUUUUUUAUUUUGUAUGUUUGUUUUCUCUUCUCUCUCUUUAUGACAUUUGUUGUUUACUGUAAAAAUGAUGAUGUGUCCAUCGACCUGUCUCCCCUCAGGUGGGAAGUGGGAGCAUAGACUGUGCAAACUCUCCUCUGAAUGGGGGUGGGGGAGGAGUUGGGGGGAUGAAGGGUGAAGGUUGGAGUUGAUUCAGACAGGGUUCCAACACAGAUCUGGAAAUUGAUAUGAAGUGAAUUCUGAUCGUUUCUAGGCCUUUUUUUUUAGAGAAUCCCAGAAAAAUCACCAAGAAAGGUAUGAUCACCCAGCAAGCAUUUGAUGGUUAAUUGGUUUAGUGUCAAUCCAAACGAGCACAAAACAUUCAGUGUGACAAUAAGCCACAGUCAACAAUUUAGCUUUAGAAACAGCUUGAGGCUGAUAAUCAGGCGGAUGUCCACGUCUGAUUUCCAAAUCAAUGAAGGAAGCAAAGAUGGACGACUUUGCUGUCCUAUCAAUUCCAUCAAUUUGCUUGUGGGGUGUGACUUGCACUGUCAUGUAUGAUUGACGGUCAUAUUGCCAUUUUUUUAAAUGCAUUUUCAAAUGAAAUGUUAAAGGAAAAUCCACCCUCAAACAUUUAAAUUCUGGUGUUAGAAAUCACAUAUUUUGGUGUAUUCAACAGUGAACACCAAGUUCUGGUGUCUCCCUUUUAAAGCUGCAUUUGCAAAUGCUUUCUAAAUCCACCACAGACGAAGCAGAGAGACCCGCUUCUACAUGAAUUGUAGUCUCUCAACCUGUGUGCAAGGCAGCCACGACACGUUAUGGAAAGUUAAUGCAUUCCGGUAAAUGUAGGAAAUCGGAAGGUGACAGAGAAGUGGCUAAGGCAUGUGAAUACACCAAAAGAAGUACAUUUCAACACUUGAUAUCAGAUUAACUUUUGGAAACAGAGGGUGGAUUUUUUUCCUGUGUAGGAACCCUGCUGAAAACCUGAAGUAAUGUCAGGAGAUGUCGUUAAGUGUGUAAAAACUGGCUAAACUUGAGAACAGAGGAGCGAGGGAAGUGGAUACAAAACCCUUUUGAAUCAAGAUCGUGAUCCUGAGGUGAAGCCUCAUUGUUUAUUUCUCCCCCUCCAUCCCUUCCUCUCUGCUCAGCCGCCUUCCUCCUCAUCAUCUUCGGCGCUGCGGCCUGACCUCAUCACCCCUCGCCCCGACCUUUCCCCUUGCGCUCCUCAAGCUCCGCGAGUCUCUUUUCCUACUGUCUGCAGGUCUGUAGUCUUCUAUCCAGAAACAUUUACUCAGCUCUUUCCCAAAUCCCCACACACCAGAGACAACACUCAAACACACACACACAUAUAUAUAUAUAUAUAUACUGUAUAUGUAUAAAUGAAUACAAAACGGGCAAACCUCUGAGAUAUAGAAGCUCGCACACACACCUGCAGACUCUCAGGAUGUGUUGCAGAACGUGUGUGUUCGUGUCUUCGUGUCACUGAUGCAGUUUUAAAAAAAGUACCAGUUUACCUCGGGAGCUCUCAGCCAUAGCAGAACUUAAUCCCCACAGAUAUCUCAGCGCUGCGACAGCUUCUGAACUGCUGUGGCUGCCGUUACAAAGCAGGUACAUUUUUGAUUUUCAGGAACAAACCCGGGAGCCUCAGCAGAGCGCUCUUGGACCAUUGAAUGCAUACGGCGCAGGGUUUUUACAGAAACGGGACACAAGCCGAGAGUCCAUGUCAACACUGUCUUACCUCAGAAUCAUACUAGAGAACGGGCGGGGGGGUGGGGGCUUACAAAUGAGCAUAGCAACCGUGAAUGACUAUUUUUUAUUCCUUCUCUUCCUUGUCUCUGGUGUCGUUGGGUGAAAAUACUCUGCAGAAAUUUUCUUUUUCUCGUUUUUCCACUAUAAAUAUAUAAAUAUAUAAACUGUACAUUAUGACAUAGAAGCACUAUCGAAGUUUGAUUGUUAGUUGUGCACUCGCAGCAUGAGGUAUUAUUCUUUAAUAUUCUUCAUAACCCAGAAAAAUCAAAAAGUGAAAUAAGAGCUUUUGGAAGUAAACAAAAAAAAGGAUUAAAAAAAAAAUAAACAAAAAUAAUGCAGUAGCGUCUACUGAUGUCAAAGAAAAUACCCGACCUCACCCCGCCACACACACAUACACCCCCCAGAUCUUUACCCCAGCCCCUCCGUGUUACCCUGCCCCCCCAUCCAACCGAUCGCCCUGAUGCCCCGUCGCGCCGCCCCUCGCACCGCCCCCGGCCCCGCCCCGUGUACAUGCCAGUGUUUCCCCCAUGUGUUCCAAGUGCCAAUAACUUUGUGAAUUCCUAACUGUGACCCAGUAAUAAAGAUAAUUGCACAUUAACUACUGUAAAGAGAAAAAGAAACCAGACUGAUUAAAAAUGAGGAAAAAAUCUGAAUAUCUUAAUAAAAGGUUUUUAACAAACAGGACUGACCUUA